GCGUUGCCAAAUGCCCACUAUGACUCACUUUUUGUUGCAUUUCAGCAAUGCAAAAACGGGUUGGGUUCGGUGCUGCUAGCUCGACGCGACCAUUCGCUCGGACCGUUUCAUUCACAAAACCUCCUGAACAGUCCGGUGGCAACGUACGCAGCGCAAUGUACGAAGGGGCAACGCGUGUGUGCAUGUGCAGUGUGUCUUGCAAGUGUGCAGUAGCAGCAGUAGCAUGAGUGCAAAGAGCGACCAGGUUUAAGCGGUGUGAAAAAUGUGACUAGGCAACAGUGUGUGUACAUCAGCCCAGUAGCGAGCUCCUCUCCCGUAGUGUGUGACGACGAAUGCAAGGACGAAUUCAAGUGCACGCCCAUACAUACACAGAGUGGGCGAGGUGAAUCGAUGUGAAAAUUUGGGCAAAAAACACUUUUGCUUCCCGAAAAGUUACAGCUGACAUUUCUACGCUCUGUUCCAUCCCACCCUACACGGCGGGUGGAACAUCCGGAUCGCCCACACGCCCAUUGCACCCUCCCCCUUCCGUGCGUCGUGCGGGAGAGAGAGCGAGAGAGGGUUGUGCGGGUUGGUCGGGGCCCGGAACCAGAACACUCGAAUGUCUCCCGGUGCCAAACGGAAGCUCCCUGACGUACGGCUGUUCCUAUGGGGUCUGUUUCUGCUGCAAAUCUCGCUCAUCUGUCUGUUUCUGCUGUUCGGUUCGCUGCUCGUGUCGACCACAAUCGAUACGGCCGAGGAUGGCGGCGGCGCUACCGGUGGCAACCGACCACCGCAAACAGCUGAACAGCAGCAGCAGGAGCAGCAGGAUGUGCAACGGAUCGGUACGUCGUUUGCCGUCUGGUCCCCGUUUGGCGUUCGGUUCAUCCCAAAUCGCACGGUGGCACUGGCGACGGACGAUCCACACCGCAACGAGGUCGUCGGGCACGGCGUAGAAAGCGACGUAGACGGACGUCAGCUGUUGCGGGACCAGAAGCAGCAACGUCCGAGACAUCCGAAGUAUCGUCCGUGGCUGCAGCGCGACGUACCGAAGGCGGAACGGGCGGAGAAAUAUUUUAGAACCAUUUCCUACACCGACUGGCAGGGAAACCGCAAACGACGGUUGUGCUUCAUCGAGGGUACGCAGGGCGGGGCACUGGUUGGCGCUGCUGGGGCAACCGGCAAGCGCACCGGCAACAAUGAGACUGAACCGAUAGAUACAGGAAUGCGAAGGACGCUGCCGGAAGGAGCAGCAAAUGAGCUUAACAACAACAACAACAACAACAACCAUGACAGCCCACCGGCAUACGACAAUGGCGACAGCGUAGUAACCGUUGGAGAUGAUGGCGUUGGGCGGUGUCGCUGCAACCCACAGUGGCACGGAGCCGACUGUGGCCAGCCGGAGGUGAUAUGGCGUGCGUUUAUCACGUCGAAGAUUCCACCCCGCGAUCAGACGGCCACACCAAGGCCGGUCGCACGCAAUCUGUACUACAUCGUGCCGAGCACGUUCAUCAGCGCGGAGGUGCUGGAGAUACAGCUGAUGGAGCUGGCCGAUCAGGUCGCCCUGUUUGUGCUGUGUGAUCGGCCCGGCACGGGCGCACCGGGGACGGCACCGUAUGCCGCCUCCAUCGCGCACCACGUCGAUGGGACGGACUUUCUGCGCACGCUGCGCGACCGACUGCUGAUCGUGUCGGAUGCAGCGUGCAGCGGGCGGAACAUGUUCCGCAAGCUGCUCAAGUACACCGCCAAGGGUGCGGUCCGGGCGGACGAUCUCGUGCUGAUCGGUGGGACGGAUGAGAUACUGAACCGGAAGGCGGUCGCGUACCUCCGCUGGUACGACAACUGGCCCCAGCCGGUACGGUUUCGCCUCAAGCACAAUGUGUACGGCUUUUUCUGGCAGCAUCCGGGCAACAGUACGGUGAUAGGGAGUGGCGCCGUGCAGGUCAGCACGCUGCGCGAGGUGUACGGGUCCGAUCCGGAUCGGCUGCUGGCGAUCGAGAAGCCGGUGAUGCUGAUCGGCGAUCUGAACCACUUCGGCGGUUGGUACUGUCGGCGCUGCUACCAGCCCGGCUCGAUCGUGCAGUACUACGAGUACCGGGCGGCGCAGCAGGGAACAGCGGGCGGGACGAUGGACACAACACCCGUCGUCCUGCCCGAUCCGAAGCGCACGAAGGUGCUGAACGAUGAGUACGUGCAGCAGCUGAUUGCGGCGGGCAAGGAUCUGGAGGAUGGCGAGCGGCCGCUCGAACGGUUGAGCCGCCGGACGGACAAGUACUACCAGCCGGAGUACGUGCGGGACAACAGCUGGCGGUUUGAUAACAUUGUGCUGAAUCUGUUUGCCCGCUGGGACGAUAAUCUCGCGGACGAUGAUUACUUUAGCUAGGUUUUGCGCGUUGGUUGGCGUUCCAGUCACUCUACGAUAACCCUGUUGCGGUACGCAAAACCACCCAACCACCCAGAUCUCUUACCCCACCACUCUAAAGCGGGUGCGGGUCCAGGGAUCGUACCUGAGGGGCCGUGGGAUCCGUGGGGUUUCACACACGGCCGAACAAAACCCACAAAUUCUUCCAUCCCACAGCAACCGAACACACUAAGAGACAAGCACAUCUCAAGGCCAACUGAACGCAUCGCAACGCAAUCAUAAUCAUAACAACGCAUCAUCAUCAUCAUCAUACGCAAACAAAGCAGUGAAAAACUCCAAAAAACUCGUAACUAGUCAAAAUAUUGUUCGCACCGCUUCAGAAACCAAACUCAUCGUCGUAGUGAUUAGCAAAUAUUUAAAUGAAAAAUCAUAAACUCAUAGGUCGAUCAAAGGGCUCGGAGACACAGACGGACACGCCCGUAUACGACGAGACUCCGAAACACCGAAUGGCCAUAAUGCACGGAUCGAAGAGAAGAAAACAAAACAACGUACUGAUGAGAGUCCACUGAGGUCAUACCUAAUCGCUGAUAUUAUCAAUAUUUAUAUACACUCUAGCAGGGAAUGAGGAGCGACGAGAAAACGAAUAGGACAACAAGCUGAGCAAAUGCAGGAGGGGGACUGUUUACCAAAAACAGAGCAGAACCCCCCUUUAGCUAGACACCAAUUAUGCAA